AUGAUUGUCUGCGCCGGUUUCGCCGUCAUGUUCACCACUUGCGCUUUUAUCUUUGCCUUUGGCGUCUACCAGGCUCUGUACGAGGAGAUGGCCCAGGAAGCGCAGUCUCCUUUCGUAGGGCAAUCCACCGCUUUGAUUGACCUGAUUGGAACGCUAGCCAUAGCCCUCAUGUCUAUGGGGGGUCCUCUUGCCAUGUCCUGGGCCAAACUCUGGUCCCCUCAGGCAGUCAUCAUUGCCGGAGGCUGGGUUUUUGGUAUUGCGUAUAUUCUGGCGAGUUUCAGCCAACGUCUCUGGCAUUUUGCGUUGACCCAAGGCGUGCUGCUGGGCAUCGGGACCUGCAUGGCAUAUGUACCCACCAUGUCUGUCGCCCCGACAUGGUUUGAUCAGCGUCGUGGGUUGGCCAUGGGGAUCAUCAUCUCCGGUAGUGGCGUGGGAGGCAUGGUGUGGCCCCCUGCUUUACGUGCCAUGAUCACCCACCUGGGUUUCCGAAAUGCAUUGAGGAUCUCGGGUUGCAUCUCGCUCACUCUGGUGUCAGCAGCAGGGUACAUCCUCCGGUGGGAACCCAAGUUCGAGGAGCAGCUUCGUGUACAAAACCAGAGUCUCAACCGACAAUGGGGAUGGAUCAAAGUGCCCUUGGUCAACUGGCGCGUGGCACGUUCUCGACGCUUUAUCGCGCAGGCCUUGGGCUGCUUUCUUCAGUCUGCUGGUUAUUCGACUCCCUUGUUCUUCUAUGCCGCCUAUGCGAGGACGCUGGGCUACAGUGCUGCCACUGCGGACAACUUUAUCACGGUCAGCAACGCCUCGAACUUUGUCUCAAGGAUCUUGAUCGGAUACGGCGCCGACAAGUUCGGGCGACUCAACGCGUUGGCCUUUACUACUCUGGUCAGUACUGUCGCCGUCUUUGCGUUCUGGCUGCCCUCGAUGUUUCAGCAGUCGACCGAGUCGGCAUCCAGUGCCGAUGGCUUAUUUAUUGUCUUUACCAUUCUCUAUGGAGCUUUCGCUAGCGCAUACAUCUCGCUGUUCCCGGCAUCUUUGAUCGAACUGUUCGGCGUGCAGCACUUUACCAGCGUCAACGGGGUCUUGUACCUCAUUCGAGGGAUGGGGGCGUUGAUCGGGACGCCGUUGACUGGAAUGCUGAUCCCUCAGUCUACCGCGUUGGUCUCUUCGAUCGUCUACGAACGCGCGGGGAUCGUCUGCGGGGUUCUCCUUUUCGCAGCCACACUGGCCUGCUUUUGGGUGAGAAUUGAAGCAACUCUGGGCGAGUCCGGAAGGUGGAAGGCUUGA